AUGGCCGGGCAAAGCCGAGAAACAGCCAUCGAUCUCACCUCCCCCACACGACCUCCGCCACCCCGAAGUAGCAGCAGAAGAAGAGACAGCGAGGAGACGAUAAGAGCAGCUGCACAUAAUCAUCCCAGACCAGGCAUGGGUGCUUCCAGACCCAGCGGAGCUACAAGACAAAGCAGCGAUGUUGUGCUUCCGCCCUGGCAGCCCGAUGCAGCCGUCGACCGCUGUCCGGUGUGCGGGACGGAUUUCAGCUUCUGGUACCGCAAGCAUCACUGCAGGAAGUGUGGGCGAGUCGUGUGUGCUGGGUGCUCGCCGCAUCGAAUCACCAUCCCGAGACAAUACGUUGUCCAGCCUCCAGCAUUACCUGACGCUGAUCGCUGGCCCCUCGGCCCUCCGAUUGGUAAUCCUUAUCGAACUCUUGAAGGAGGCGAGGUGGUGAGAGUAUGCAACCCCUGUGUACCUGACCCGUGGACUCCUGGCGCGGAACCGGACGGACCUGCUCAGCCUACAGACGUUCCUCCGAGGCGAAGAGACAGUCAUGAACCGGCACGGUAUCGAUACCAGCAGUUUCCGCCACCACCCUCUUUACAGCGCCCACAACCUCCGGUGACGUCUAAUCCACCUGGCGGCCUCAGUCAAAGCUUACCACCCAACAACCCCGCUGGUCCCAACUCUCGCGCUCCCCCUCCUCCUCCGCCGGAUCACACCCGACCAUCGACCCACCGCUACACCGCAAGCGCAAGCACCGCCAUCCCACCAACCACGCAACCCCAACCGGCCAGACAGCGGCCACCCGCAGGCACCACCUCAACAACCAAUCUCCAACCGCAACCCCGCCCACCCCGCCGCGAAAUCCCAGAAGAAGACGAAUGCCCCGUCUGCGGCCUCGAGCUGCCCCCCGGCGACGCAGUCCGCGAAGCGCACAUCCAAGAGUGCAUCACCGCCCGCUUCUCCUCCAACCCCUCCAACACCACCAGCGUCGGCUCCGCCCCACACUUACACCCACCCCGAACCUCCAGCACGCAAUCAGCGCCUACAGCCACAGAUGCCCCACCGACCGCACCUUCUACCUCCGCCCCCUCCAAUACCACCACAACGCGUCCCCGUGCAACGAGUUAUCGCCCCCGCGGCAUGGCCGUCUACCGCGCGACGGAGAAGGACUGUGCCGACGCCGCCGGCGAGCCGCAGGAGUGCGUCAUUUGCUUCGAGGAGUUCCAGCCUGGCGAGGAGAUGGGGCGCAUGGAGUGUUUGUGUAAAUUCCAUCGGACUUGCAUUCGCGCUUGGUGGGAAACGAAGGGGGUGGGCAGUUGUCCGACGCAUAUGCUGCAUGAAUGA